AUGGGGAGCCUACAGACAGGACAGGGACACAUCUCGUCAUCCAGAUUGCAUGACAACGCCUAUUAUGAAGACUCCCUGUUCUCAAAGUUGCAGAGGAUCAUGACAGAGCAAUGGUCCAUAUACUCCAAACCAGUCCCAGCAGACAGCCGGGAGCUGUGGUCCCUAUUUCUGCAGUGCUCCUGCAUCACCGUGUUGCUUGGAGGCCUCUUCUACAACUGGCUCUUUGCAUCCCUGGAGUACCCCCAGCACAUCUCCAUCGCAAUGGCCAUCACCUUCAGCCUGCUCCUCCUCCUUGCCCUGUUCUUGCUGCACCCUGUGCGCUGUGCCUUCAGCAUCACCAUGCCGACACUGGGCACCAAGCAGGGCCGGAAGCUCCUCUUGUCAGCCUGCAUCAUGAUAGCAGUGGUUAACAUCACCCCCAACAUCAUCAGCAACAUCAAGACCUUACUGCAGGUCAUCCUGUGCAUCUCCAAGAAUUCCUCUGAGAGCCUUUUGAACUCCACUGAUCUGCUGGAGAACGCUUCCUGGAAGCUGGGGGAUGAAAUAAAAAAUUACGCUAUUUUGAAGCCCAUGGAUGGACAUUUUCAGUUUUCACUGGUGAAGAACAACUCCUGGAUUAACCAGGUGCACCUCGCCGGUGAGAAAGCCAGGAAAGAUUUUUUGGCUGUCGAGGUGCUGGUCAAAGAUUGUGUGCGAGCAGGCAACAAACUGGUCGCUGCCUUCUCUGUGCUCUACCUCUGCUUUGAGUCCAUCUGGUACUUGAAGAAUUACCUCACCAACCUCCGCUUCGACAACAUUUACAUCACCAAGAAGCUGCAGCGUUUGGCUGAGGAUGGAGGAGCCUCCCACUUGCUGGUGGGCUCAGCCCAAUGCCUCAUCCGCCCCACAGGCCUCAGGCUGUCCCGUGAGGAGCUGAUGCUGUGCCUGGCGCAGGCGCUGCGCCUCUCGGUGGCCCUGCUGCUGGUGCUGGUGGUGGUGGCCUUGGAGCACCUCGUCUUUGGCGUAGCAGACGUGGCAGUGAGGAGGAUGGCUCAGCUGUCCGCAGUGCCCAUCACGCUCAGCAUCAAAUACCAGGCUGAAAUAGACUUCCUGAAAAUCUCACUUCCCGUGAAGGACGUUGAUAGGAGCUACCACCACUCCCUGACCUUCAGCUCUGCUGGCUGCAGGAUCAGCCCCCCGAAACCUCCCAACCCCUCCGUGCUGCUGGUUGUGGGGCUGCUCUUCUGCAUUAUCUACGCCACCGUGUUUCUGGAGACCUACGCACGCCGCCUGUGCAGGAAAAUUUCUGCUUCCUUCUUUGAGAGCCGGGAGGACGAGCGGGCACGUUACCUCUAUGGCAAGCUGUCCCGGCAGCACAGGAAACAGCACAGCUGA